AUGAAUACAAACAAAGCGAUGAAAAUCUUUGUAAUGAAAAAAAUUGAUCAAGAUGAAAUUGAUGCUUUACUUGAAGAAGCGGAAGAAUUUAUUGAAAACUAUGAUGAUGAACACACCAAAAAUGUUGAAGAACAGACAGAAGACAGGAGUGUUGCAAGUAUUUAUGAACGAUUGAGACGGAGAAAUGAUGAUGAAAAUUCCAAUCAAGAUCCCAAUCCAAAUGACAAAUAUCAGAAUGAUGAGAAUUUAAAUGAACAGAUUCAAGAAAUUGAAGAAGACAUUCAAAAAGACAAAGAAGAUGUCGAAUCACUUAACGAUGAAGAACAAAUCAAAGAAACACGCAAAACAUAUGAGGAAAAUGACGAUUUAAUUGAUCAAAUUCAAGAUGAAAUCAAAGAAUGUGAAAAUCAAGUCAAUGAUGUUCGCAAAUUUGUGGCGAAUUUGGAUGAUAAUGAAAAUAAAAAUGAUGAAUCUGACAAUAAUUUGGACGAAUCAAGUGACAAUGAUAAUUAUAAAAAUGAUGAAGUGAAUAAACAGGACAUAUUCAGUGCAAGGAAAACCAGGAGUGUUCAUCCAGAUUUCAGAAGUAACACUGGAGGUGUAUUGACUAUGGGUGAAGGAGGAUUACAAAUAAUCUUGAAGAAGCAGAAGCUGAACAGUCGAAGUUCGACAGAAGCCAAAUUGAUUGGUGUCAAUGAUGCUGCGACACAGAUAUUGUGGACAAAAUUGUUUGUGGAAGCACAAGGUUAUCCUAUUGAAGGGAACAUCCUAUAUCAGGAUAUCAAGAGUUCUUUUCUAUUGGAAAAGAAUGGACUUGAUAGUGCUGGAAAGCGAAGCGGAGCUUUGAACAUUUGA